UUUGUAUUGAGAGCAAGAUCAUGUUAAAUCUUGACACAUUUUACCUGCAGCAUCAAAAAUGGAAAGAAGAAUCUUUGAUAAUUUCGAUUCUAAACGAAUUGUGAUUUUACUGUUAAUUUUUGUUUGUCUUCCACUAAUGAUUCUUCAGCUUUCAACAGCAAUGGAUGAGACUAUUUUUGAAUCUCAAGGAAUAGCUAAUAAUGAAGAUCUAAGAGUUAGAAGAGCUGUAAAUGGAUUUCAGUUUCGAACAAUAAAUUCGGCACCAUGCUCAAUGCCUGGAACAUUUUUGAAUGAGAAACGUAAAAAUGGAAGAUGGUAUUGGUACUGUUAUUACAAUGAUGAGGGAAAUUUGGCUUGGAUGGCAAUGAGAUGUCCCAAUAAACGUUUGUUCGAUCCUAUAAUUCAAAAAUGUGUUGUUAAUUUGACUAGCACUACGGAAGCAACUUCAACAUCAUCUGCAGCAACGACAUUAUCAACAGUGACAAAAGUAACGUUGACGAAGGUUGAAUCUACUACUGGAAUCACAACUUCUUCUUCUUCAUCUUCUUUAUCUUCUUUAUCAUCUUCUUCUACAACGACAGCAUCUUCUGGACCAACAGUAGCAACUGUUACACAAUCUGUAACAACAGUAAAUACACCGUAAAAUGUAGCAGAAUCAUCAACAGUAGGAUUGACUAUUUUAGUAGAUUUUGUAGUAUUUUUUUACUAUUUAUUAGUAGAAACAACAUCAGGAUAAUUAGCAGAAUUAUCAGUGAAACCAAAAAGGUUACAACAAGCUGAAUCAUCAACAUCAUCAUGAGUAUCAUCAGUAGUACUAGUUUCUACAACAGCAUUACUAGUUUCUAUAACAGCAGUUCUGAACAACACUAAUAAUUUUCUAUAACACUAAUUCUGAACUACAAAAAGAAUAUUAAUUUUGUAGUAAAAUGUAACAGUAAUUGUAGCAACAGAAUUGGAUUAACAUAUCUGCGGUAAAAAAAACUUAAUUAUGAGAUUUGAAAUAAAGGAAAAAUUUGUUAUAACAA